CCAAUAUUCAAAAGUAAUUGUGUGGAAAUGGAAUUUACUAUAUAUAUUAUCUAUCCCUUUAUCCCCAAAGUUUUAAAUUCAAAUUCAGUAUUAUUAUUCUUUGGUGUUUGAACUGAUGGAAGAGGAAGAAAAGGGUGAAGGAAUUUCUGAUUUCUCUUCGCUGCCAGAAGGAGUCGUCGCUAAAAUCUUGUCCUUCACCACUCCAUCGGAUGCCUGUAGAUCUUCUGUGGUUUCCACCACUUUCGUUGCGGCAGCGCAGUCGGACAUCGUGUGGGACAGUUUCCUGCCUACCGAUUGGGAGAUUUUGAUUUCUCGUCGGAAACCUAGCAACCUCAAUUUUGAUCCAAUUUCGAGUUCGAAGAAGGGCAUCUUUUUCUCCCUUUGCGAUACCCCUUUGAUAAUUGAUGACGGCAACAAGAGCUUUUCAUUGGACAAAUGUAGUGGUAAGAAAUGCAUAAUGCUUGGAGCAAGGGAACUUUCAAUUAUUUGGAGUGAUAUGCCUGCCUAUUGGACUUGGGAACCUCAUCCUGAGUCAAGGUUUGCUGAGGUUGCUGUUCUUCUCAACGUUUGGUGGCUUGAAAUUAAAGGAAAGCUAAGCUGCAAAAUGUUGAGUCCUGCAACAACUUAUGCAGCUUAUUUUGUGUUUAAGAUGGAUGAACGUAGGUAUUAUGGGUUUGAUAUAGUUGCUGCUGAUGCAGCAGUGGCCAUUGUUGAUGGGGAAUGUUGCUCCAGUAGAGUUUGUUUGGACCCCUUUUUAGAAAAUGCUCCACCGAAGCGUCGUCGACGCACGCCGUGUUUGAGAAGGAAUCCACUCGGAAAUAGCAUGUCAAGGGCAAAACAACCACAGGAGAGGCAUGAUGGAUGGUUUGAAAUCGAGUUGGGAGAGCUUCGCAAUAAUGGUGGAGAUGAUGUUGUUGAGUUCUUUCUUAAGGAGGUUAAUUGCAAUUAUUCUAAGAGUGGCCUAAUCGUUCAAGGGAUAGACAUUAGGCCUAAAGUUAGCCGUGAUCUUGCAUAGAUGAGUUCUUGUCAGCUUUGUGAACCUAAGGAACUCAAUGUAUAGCACAUUAAUGCUCGAUCAACUAUGGUUGUUGAAUGACGAAAAAGGAAAAUACUCUUGCAAGCUUUAGAAAUGUUAUGGUCAUGUAUCAUUCCGGUAUUACUUUUACUUUUGGCUCCAUGAAAAUGAUAACUGAAAAGUUUGCUUUGUAUAUAGAGAAGUUAAAGUACAUUAAGUAUCAAUCUAAAUGUUUACAUUUUCAUUUGUCA